ACUCUAAAAACCCUAGUUUCGUCUCAUUUUCGGUGUAAGUAUAGCAGAGCCGAUCAUCCCCAGUCGCUCUCCCCAUUCCCCCUCCCCCUUUCCCCGAAGCCACCACUCCAGCGGCGCUCCACCAUGGGUAUCGAUCUGAAAGCCGGAGGUAAGAGCAAGCAGACGAAGCGCACAGCUCCCAAGUCCGACGAUGUUUACUUGAAGCUUCUCGUGAAGCUUUACCGAUUUUUGGUGAGGAGGACCGGAAGCAAGUUCAACGCUGUGAUUCUGAAGCGUCUGUUUAUGAGCAAGACCAACAAGCCUCCACUGUCUCUCUCAAGGCUGAUCUCUUUCACGUCUGGAAAGGAGGACAAGAUUGCUGUCCUGGUGGGUACUAUCACGGAUGAUGUGAGAGCCUACGAGGUCCCAGCAUUGAAGGUCUGUGCUCUGAGGUUCACCAAAACCGCAAGGGCUAGGAUUGAGAAGGCUGGUGGUGAAUGCUUGACGUUUGAUCAGCUUGCUCUUCGGGCUCCUUUGGGACAGAACACGGUUCUGCUCAGAGGUCCAAAGAAUUCGCGUGAAGCAGUUAAGCACUUUGGUCCAGCUCCUGGUGUUCCACACAGUCACACCAAGCCAUAUGUGCGCGCCAAGGGAAGAAAGUUUGAGAGGGCAAGAGGCAAGAGAAAUAGCAGAGGAUACAAGGUUUAAGUUCAUUUUCAUACUUGACAAUGGGAAGUAUCAUUUGUGUUGUGGUAUUCAAAUUUUGCAAGACUGUAGUAUGCAGUUACGAGUUUCAGUACUGUUUUGGUUUUGCCGCUGGUACUUUUAACUUUAAAUGGAAGGUUUCUCCAUUAAUGUCUUAGUUAA